AUGAAAUUCUUAGUUGAAGAACGAAUAUAUCCUUUACGUAAUAAUAAUAAUAAUAAUCAAGAACAAAAUGACUUUAUUAAUAAAAAUCAAUCAUCAGAUGAUAAAGAUCCUUCAUCAUCAAUUGAAGCUUUACAAAAUGUUCUUGCAAAUAAAUUUUAUCCUAAUCAUAAUUCAACUAAAUUUUUAAAAAAUUAUUUUAAUUCUUCAAUUAAUGAAAAACAAUUUAAUCAUAUUUGUUCUUCAUUAUCAAAGAGAAUCGAAACAUAUUCUCUUUCAAAUCAUUCAACAAUGGCUAUAACAGCAACAACAAAUUUUUCAGAAGAACAAACAAAUACUAUUGAAUAUGAUAAUACUUAUUUGUCUUCUGAAGAAAUAACUCGAUUAGAUGAUAUAUCAUCUCUUACAACAAUUACAUCGAAUUUAUCAAAAGAAUUUAGUUUUGAACAAAAUACAAGUGUUUAUUUAGAUACAACUAUUUGUAAUUCAGAUAUCGAUGAAAUUUCAGAAGAAAUGACAUCGGAUAUCAAACAAUAUAAUUAUAAUAAUAUGAAUUUUGAUUUACAAAAUUCCAAUGUGAAAAAUAAAGAUGAAGAGAUUAUUCAAAUACAUAGAAAUCAAACUCCAACUAAUAAUAGUUUUACUGGUGUAGCUCAUGCAGUAAAAUAUACAAUUAUAAAAGAAAAUAAUGAACAAACUUUAUCCGAUUAUGACAAUGUUAGUCAUCGUUCUAAAUAUAAUAGUAAGAUAAGGUCACAUGCAGACAUUGUCUCGGUAAAUUCAUCGAUGACAUCGACUAUACAAUAUAAUCAUUGUCCUAUGAUGUUAUACGGUGAACAACUAAAUAAACAAGAAAGAACGAGCACAAGUGAAGAUAAUGAUGAUUAUUAUUAUGAUGACGACGAUGAUUAUAUUAUAAUAGAUCAACAGAAUCCAAUUGUUCAGUUAACAAUGAUGAAUAAUGAAAGUGAAAUUGAACUGGAAGAAGAUGAUGAUGAUGAAUAUUAUCAAGAAAUAGACUCAAGAAGGUUAUUUGAUAAUGAACAACUUAAUGGAUAUAUUUCAGAUGAUAUAAGAUAUUCAUCAGAUGUGAUACGAAAUAAUCAUACAAGUUCAACAUUACGUCAAGAAGCUAUUUCAAUAACAAAAGUUCGUUGUAAACAACGUAAUACUUGGCUACAUUCAUCAACAUCUUUGGAAAAUAAUUCAACUAAUCUUAUUAAACCACUUUUAUCAAAAAAUUUAGAUGCGCUAUCAACCAGUAAAAAAACAGACAAUUUUUACUUAAUACAUCACCAAUCAUCCUUGAUUCCUAUUAAAGAUUUAUUGAAUCAUAAUAUCAAUAAAAAUAUUGAAAUUAUUCAAAUGGACGAACAAGAAUGUAUAUUAGAAAUAGUUGAUGGUGUUGUGACACUUGUACCAAAAGAUAAAUCAUCAUUAUUAGCAACAACAACAGCAACAACCGAUAGUGAUGAAGAUAAAUCCGAAGAAAAACAAAAGAAUUCAAUUGAAUACGAAACAAGUAAUAAUUAUGAUUCUCCUAAACAUACAGAACGUUCAUCGUCAGUAAAUUCAUCAAUUUCUACACCAUCUCUAUCAGAACAUGAACCAGAACAAGAUGAAAUCUCAUCAUCAUCAUCGUCAUCAUCUCGAUCAUCGUCAAAUAAAGACGAAAACGAAGAAACUCAAGAACCAUUUAUACUUCUACGUGAUACUCCAUCUAGAUCUCCUCCAAUUCAUUCUCAAACCGAACAAUCCGUUGAUUUAUUAGAUUUAUUUUCAACUCCACCUAUACCAAUAUCAAAUUCUAGUACAGAUAAAAAUAAUAAUAAAUCAACGAAAAAUUUACUUGAUGAUUCUCUAUCAUCGGUUUCAUCUUACAAAAACAAAAAUCCUGAUAAUGAUUCAAAUACUGAUUCAUCUGAUCUAGAAGAAAUACGUUCAUCAUCACCACUAGUACAAGAACAAGACCAAGAGCAAGAACAAGAACAAGAACAAGUUAAAUCUUUAUCACCAUCUAUAUCAGAAAAAGACGAUUUUUCACCUGAAUCACCAACACAUCAAAUUUCUGUUCCAUCUGAAUCAAUUCCAAUCGUUGAAAAAUCUCCAUCAGUCGACGAAACUGACGUUGAAUAUCAAUUACCUAAAAGUGAACCACCACCAGCAGCUAAACCAAUCAAUAAAGCUCGUAUAAACGAAUUUGCUUCACUUCUAUCCGGAUCUGUUCAUUUAAUUCAACCGCCAGCAAUUAAAAAACAAGAAACACCUAAAUCAUCAAUUCCAUUUGCAAAUCGUCCACCAACAUCACCAUCACGUUCCGACGAACAAAGUUAUUCUUCAAUACGUUCAGCAAAUAGUGAUCGAGACGAACGUGAAUCAUUUCAUACAGUACAAUCGAACAAUAAUUCUGAUCAAGAACAAACCAAAAAAUCUAUUGAUGCACGUUAUAACGAAAAAAUUGAUGAUCGAAAAUCUAUACAAAUAAAUACAUCAAAUAUAAAAGCAUUAUUUGAACAAAAAAUUUCAGAUACAAAUAAAGCAUUAUCACAAUCAAAUGAACAUUUAUUACAUACAAUUGAAGCUAAACAACAACAACAACAUAAAAAAGCUCCGAUUAGUUAUGGAAGUUUAAAACGUAAUUUAUUAUCUAAUCAACCACAACAACAAACUACUCGAAGACAAUCCUAUCAAGAUAUUUCAAAUAUGAAUAAAUAUACAGAUCAUAUUGCUGGAGUAAAAGAUGUAGUUAUUGAAGAUAAACAGCCUGAACAUGAACAUCAACCUCAAAUUUAUGGUAGUAAUACACGUCGUCAUAAUACUGAAGAAAUAAUUCGUCCAGGAACUGCUCCUUCAAGAACAUCAUCUGAAUCAAUAUCAAAUGGUCAUAAUUCUGAAUCUUUAAUAGCUCGUGAAAUUCGUGAAGCACAAGAAAAAGAAGAAGAAUUAAGACGACAACGUCGUAAAUGUGGUCUACCAGAAGAUGCAACUGCUUUAUUAACAAACGCAAAUAAUGAUUCAUUAAAAACAGAUAGUCCAUCAUCAGCAAAAGCACCCGUUAAAAGUAGUUCAUUUUUAUCAAAUUUAGAUUUUUUUACAUCAAAAGAAAAUACUUCAACUUCAACGAAUGGUUCACCAUCAUCACGUCGUUCAACAACAUCAAUAACAAAUAUUGUUUAUGAUUCUCAUGUAACACCAAUCAAUGAUGAACGACAACAAAUAAAUAAUGUUGUUUCACAAGAAUUACAUCGUUUAAAUGAUAAUGGUGUACCAAUUAUUCGUACAGGCUCAACAAAUAAUUUUAUUCAUCGUUCAUCAUCAAAUCAAAAUAUUCUUGCAGCACAAAAUACAAAUAAUAUAAUUCAACGUGAAAUUGAAGCUAUACGUGCUAAAGAAGCUGAAUUACGGCAAUUAGGUCGAAUACAACAUACAAGUGAUGAACAUUCCGAUCCAAGAAAAUAUCAAGAAUUUGUACCAAUAAUAUCAAAAAGUCAAUCAAGUAAUACUCUUGCAACAGGAAAAGUUAGACGAGAUACAGAACGAAUUCAUCGACCUGUAAUUGCAACAUCAAAUGGAUUUCUAACACCAAAAUUAACACAUAAUAAUAAUUCAUCAAUUUCAUCCAUACGUGGUAAAUUUCCAAGUCCAAAUCCAACAGCACCCAUUAUUAGUUCAUCAAAUAAAUCAGCGGAUUAUUCAAAAUUAUCAUCAACAGAUAGACUUGAAUUAGAAAAACGUGAAUUUCAAGAAAGAGAACAAGAAUUAAAAAAGCAACGUCAUUCAGCUAUAGGUGUUACAUCAUCAGUAAAUGGUGAUUCAGGCAAUGCAUCACAAGAUGAACAUGAAGAAGAUCAAGAACGUUAUUUUGAUAAAAUUGAACGAUUAAAACGAAAAGAAAAUGAAAGAGCACAAGCACCAUUAAUACGUCCAACAAAAAAAUUAGAUAUGUCACAACGCUGGGAACAAAUGUUAACAAAUAAAAAUGUUCAAAAUACAACUGGUGAUGAUAAUGAUGAAGAUUGA